AUGAUAGAAAUAGCUGGAUUUGAUACAACUAAUCAUGUUUCUCCACUUCAAAAUAGAUGGUUGCAAGACAACAACAUCACUGAGUUACCUCCUGAACUAUUUCAAGAUCUAGAAAACCUGCAGGAACUGGAUUUGUCAAACAACGAACUUGGAAAUCUGCCACCGCACAUCUUCAGAAACAUUACAGCGAUAGAGUUUCUAAAAUUGGACUACAAUAAAAUUGAGAGGCUUCAUGAAGAUCAGUUCCAGGGCUUGGUAAAGUUGUUCGAAUUAGAUAUCUUCGGCAAUAAGAUACGAAACGUUUCCAGCACGACUUUCACCUAUGCCCACGAAUUGCGAUUUUUGUUUAUGCACUACAACCUGAUGGCUGAGCUCCCUAGAGGACUUUUCACCCAGCAGUUGAAGCACAUUAUCAGAGUGUAA